AUUUUAUUCUUUAAUAAAUAGUUUUACAUGUUGUUUGUUGAAUAUAGCUCGAAUUUUACCACUACCUCAAAUAACAUAUCGAGGACAAAAUAAUCAAGAAGUUGUUGAAAACGUUGCAUUCGGUAAAUGGAAAAUUGGAAAUCAAUUUUGUUCAACGUCGGUUAUCAAUAAAUGGGGUAUGAUUUAUUUUGGUACGAAACCAGAUGCAAAUAUAAUCGAAAUUCUAAAAAAGUUCGAACAACAGUUACCAUCGUUACUAAGAAGAUAUGGUAUUGUAAUCAAUUCAAAUCCGAUAACAAUGGCAAAGCCGAGUCAAAAACAUGAGAUUGACAAUGCAUUCGGAAAUAUUAAAAGUCAAGGUUGGCAAUUGGCGAUUGUCAUACUGAACGAAACAGUAGCACAAGUAUACAAUUAUGUGAAACAACUAGGAAACCAAAAACUUGGUUUAAUAACUCAAUGCACUAGUUUUCAAGCAGUACAAAAAAAUUCACAAAAACUUCAUAUGUAUGUAGAAAAUUUAAGUCAAAAAAUCAAUGCUAAAAUCGGUGGCAUCAACGGUAUUGUCAAUUUGAAAACUGCUCUUAGCCAAGCGUCGAAAAAUGAUCGUUUCAUGUUUUUCGGUGCAGAUGUCACUCAUACCACUUCGUCAACGAAAAAACCAUCGAUUGCUGCAAUUGUUGGAUCAUGUGAUCCGUCAUGUAGCCGUUAUGCUGCUCGUCUAUGUGAACGUAAAUAA